UGCUUGUUUAAUUUCUGCUCAAUAAUCCAGUUGACUGUCUUGGGGGUGGGGGGUGGAGGAAAUCUGCUUAUAUCUGAUUGUGCCUCUUGAAUUUCAGAUCAGACUCUGGAAGUGACUUCUGAUAGUACAAAGUAUGUGAACCAGGAGAUGCCAAUAGUUAUCAGUGAUGAUGAUGAUAGUGAUGUGGAGGGUCCUGUGAUAAUAGAAGAUAGUUCAUCUGAUGACGACCAGAUUGCAUCUGAUGACGACCAGAUUGCAUCUGAUGACGACCAGAUUGCCUCAGAUGAAAAGGAGACGAUGCAGUCUACUACCUCCCCCCGUAAUUCAUCUGAUGAUAGUGGAGAUUCCAACCCACCACUAGACGAUCCUGAGGCUAAACUAGAGAUUCCAGGUGAAAAGAUGGCAACUGAUGAAAAGGUUCAACCUGUGGUGGACAAACCAGAGGAAAACGAUCCUGAGGCUAAACUAGAGAUUCCAGGUGAAAAGAUGGCAACUGAUGAAAAGGUUCAACCUGUGGUGGACAAACCAGAGGAAAACGAUCCUGAGGCUAAACUAGAGAUUCCAGGUGAAAAGAUGGCAACUGAUGAAAAGGUUCAACCUGUGGUGGACAAACCAGAGGAAAACGAUCCUGAGGCUAAACUAGAGAUUCCAGGUGAAAAGAUGGCAACUGAUGAAAAGGUUCAACCUGUGGUGGACAAACCAGAGGAAAACGAUCCUGAGGCUAAACUAGAGAUUCCAGGUGAAAAGAUGGCAACUGAUGAAAAGGUUCAACCUGUGGUGGACAAACCAGAGGAAAACGAUCCUGAGGCUAAACUAGAGAUUCCAGGUGAAAAGAUGGCAACUGAUGAAAAGGUUCAACCUGUGGUGGACAAACCAGAGGAAAACGAUCCUGAGGCUAAACUAGAGAUUCCAGGUGAAAAGAUGCCAACUGAUGAAAAGGUUCAACCUGUGGUGGACAAACCAGAGGAAAACGAUCCUGAGGCUAAACUAGAGAUUCCAGGUGAAAAGAUGGCAACUGAUGAAAAGGUUCAACCUGUGGUGGACAAACCAGAGGAAAACGAUCCUGAGGCUAAACUAGAGAUUCCAGGUGAAAAGAUGGCAACUGAUGAAAAGGUUCAACCUGUGGUGGACAAACCAGAGGAAAACGAUCCUGAGGCUAAACUAGAGAUUCCAGGUGAAAAGAUGGCAACUGAUGAAAAGGUUCAACCUGUGGUGGACAAACCAGAGGAAAACGAUCCUGAGGCUAAACUAGAGAUUCCAGGUGAAAAGAUGCCAACUGAUGAAAAGGUUCAACCUGUGGUGGACAAACCAGAGGAAACUGUUGUUGAAGGACAAAAGCGGACUCGGUCUUUGGAGGAGGAGGAAGAAGUUCCGCAGCCACAGCCAAAGAGAAAGCGUACUCAGCCAGCUAAGUCUUCUUCCAAGAGAAAGGAAGAAGUCACUGAGUCAACUGAGCCUCCUUCCAAGAGAAAGGAAGAAGUCACUGAGUCAACUGAGCCUCCUUCCAAGAGAAAGGAAGAAGUCACUGAGUCAGCUGAGUCUCCUUCCAAGAGAAAGCGAGCUGAGUCAGCUGAGUCAACUGAGCCUCCUUCCAAGAGAAAGGAAGAAGUCACUGAGUCAACUGAGCCUCCUUCCAAGAGAAAGGAAGAAGUCACUAAGUCAACUGAGCCUCCUUCCAAGAGAAAGGAAGAAGUCACUAAGUCAACUGAGCCUCCUUCCAAGAGAAAGGAAGAAGUCACUGAGUCAGCUGAGUCUCCUUCCAAGAGAAAGCGAGCUGAGUCAGCUGAGUCAACUGAGCCUCCUUCCAAGAGAAAGGAAGAAGUCACUAAGUCAACUGAGCCUCCUUCCAAGAGAAAGGAAGAAGUCACUGAGUCAACUGAGCCUCCUUCCAAGAGAAAGGAAGAAGUCACUGAGUCAGCUGAGUCUCCUUCCAAGAGAAAGGAAGAAGUCACUGAGUCAGCUGAGUCUCCUUCCAAGAGAAAGCAAGCUGAGUCUCCUUCCAAGAGAAAGCAAGCUGAGCCUCCUUCCAAGAGAAAGCGAGCUGAGCCUCCUUUCAAGAGAAAGCAGGCUGAGCCUCCAAAGAAGAAACCCCAAGCAGAGGAAUCUCCACAGGCAUCUCACCAGCAUGAGCAUGAGAAUAUUAAUUGCAACAUAACUGGAUGUUUUUUACGUGGCAUUGAAAAUAAGAAGGAGUAUUCUGGAAGGAACUUCAAGAAAAAUAAAGAUGAACUGGUCAGGAAACUGUAUGUCCUGUUCAACGAGACUGUCUUUAAUAAACAGCUGCCAGAGAAACUGGAUAUCUGCUGGAAUAAGAAGAUGCUGAGAACCGCUGGCCUGUGCAGCUCUUCCCACUCGUCUAACCCGGCAAAGCGCUACACUAAGAUUGAUAUUUCUCUGAAAGUCUGUGACUCUGCAGACCGAAUCCGGGAUACUUUGGCCCAUGAGCUCUGCCACGCAGCCGCCUGGCUGCUGAAUGGCAUCAGUACUUCACAUGGUUACACAUGGAGAUACUAUGCCAGAUUGUGCAACUUGGUCCACCCAGAGCUGCCCUUGGUCACCCCUUUCCAUAACUACAAGAUUAACUACAAGAUCUACUAUGAGUGUACUCAAUGCAAAGCCAGGAUUGGCCGCUACACCAGAUCACUGGACACCGAGCGCUCUGCGUGUCCCUCAUGCAAGGGGCGUCUGGUCCUGCUGCCGUUAACUCGCAAAGAUGGAACCCCCAUCAAGCAGUAUGUGAGACCCUUUGCCAAGUAUGUGAAGUAUCAUUACAGAAUUGUCAGGCAGGAAAUGAAAACUCCAACCCAUGGGGAUGUGAUGAGACAGCUCAGCAAGGAUUAUUUUGUCUGCAAAAAAAACAACACCCUUUAAGUUUAUGAGCAGAUAUCUGUGUAAGCCGAGUCCUCUGCUUAUGAAGAAGUUUUAGGAAAAUAUCUUUGUCUCUAUGAUGUUAUGAAUGUUAGAAUUUAAAUCUUUUUUAUAAAGUUUCAUAUUGUCAAUGAUUGUUCUUUACCUAAGUGUUCCUUUGCUUGGCACUUUGUGCCCUUGACUGUACUUGGAGGUCCUUUGGACCCACCUUGUGUUUUACACUCCAUAGUUGUGAUGCAUGGAACAUAUUUACAUUCCAUCGUUGUAAUGUGUGGAACAUACUUAGACUCCAUAGUUAACAUGUGUGGAACAUACUUGGACUCUAGUUGUAAUGUGUGGAACAAACUUAGACUCUGUAGUGGACAUGUGUGGAGCAUACUUAGACUCUGCAGUUAACGUGUGUGGAACAAACUUAGACUCUAGUUAAGACGUGUAGAACAUACUUAGACUCUAUAGUUAACAUGUGUGGAACCUACUUAGAUUCUAGUUGUAAUGUGUGGAAUAUACUUAGACUCUGUAGUUAGGAUGUGUGGAACAAACUUAGACUCUAGUUAACAUAUGUAGAACAUACUUAGACUCUGUAGUUAACGUGUGUGGAACAUACUUAGACUCUAGUUGUAAUGUGUGGAAUAUACUUAGACUCUGUAGUUAGGAUGUGUGGAACAAACUUAGACUCUAGUUAACAUAUGUAGAACAUACUUAGACUCUGUAGUUAACAUGUGUGGAACAUACUUAGACUCUAGUUGUAAUGUGUGGAAUAUACUUAGACUCUGUAGUUAGGAUGUGUGGAACAAACUUAGACUCUAGUUAACAUAUGUAGAACAUACUUAGACUCUGUAGUUAAUGUGUGUGGAACAUACUUAGACUCUAGUUGUAAUGUGUGGAAUAUACUUAGACUCUGUAGUUAGGAUGUGUGGAACAAACUUAGACUCUAGUUAACAUAUGUAGAACAUACUUAGACUCUGUAGUUAACGUGUGUGGAACAUACUUAGACUCUAGUUGUAAUGUGUGGAAUAAACUUAGACUCUGUAGUUAAGACAUGUGGAACAUACUUAGACUCUGUAGUUAACAUGUGUGGAACAUACUUAGACUCUAGUUGUAAUGUGUAGAAUGUACUUAGACUAUAGUUGUGAAGUGUAGAACAAAAUGCAGGAGCAAAUUAGAUUUUUGAGAUUGACCACUUGAGAGAAUGAGAGUAACUCUGGAAAAAUGAACAUCUUUAAAGGCAGUGUUUCAAAACGAGGGCUCCUGGCAGCUGUAACCUGUUAUACUUGGUUAGAAAUAAAGUUCAUAUUUCAUGAAAUUACUUUUGCCAU